UCCUAAACUGUCCAAAUUUUUUGACAAAAUUUUCCUUCAUUGCCUUAGCCGUGUAUUCUCCUGUGCCGUCGUCUCUACUCCCUCCUGUCGCCGCCGUCUCCAUCGCAGUUGCGCCGUCUUCUCCACGGCAGCCCAUCGCCGUCGUCUCCAACGCAGUUGUCGCCGACGUCUCUACUGCAGCUGUCGCCAUCGACUCCACUGCGUCCCAGUCGUCAGGAAUUACUGCCCUACAGGUUCCAGAUCUGAGAAACGUUAUUAGCCCCAUUCGUGGUUUCUUCCUUGACGUUUGUAACUUUUCAGUUUUCUUUGGUUGGUGCAUUGAGGCACAUGGAAAAUUCAAAUGAUCCUUCUGUUUAUACUACUACUCAGGGUAGUGAUAGGACUACUUCUCUUUGUAAGAGGAAGAGCGACAUCAUGGGCGUCACUCAAAUGUACAAAAUUACUAAUAAUGAUGAAAAAAAUGUGCACCCGCAUUGUUUGUCACGCACAGGGUAUCAGAAAAUGGAGGAAAAAAUGAUGAAAGAGAAGUUGAAGCAACAAGAAGAAGCUGCAAUGUCUGACCCGUCCAUAAUAGUUUCAACUCCAUCUCCACCACGCAGACACGAAAUGUGGAAAAGAGCUAGAAUGGAUGAUUCGGGAAAUUUUAUCACCGAAGAGAGUAGAUUGGUUGCUGAGAAAGUUGAUUCUUUAAAAGUGGCAUCUUCUCAAGGAGAAUUCACACAAUCCAAACGAACAGAUAUAUUGCCUUCUGCAUUGGAAAAAGAUGAGCAUCCGGGUCGUGUUAGAGUCGUGGGACACGGAACUGGAGUAAGGGAGUUCUUUGGGCCUUUACCACGCCAUGAAAACUUAGUACCAAUUGACAAAGUCCAACAUAUGAUUAAUAAUGCCUUAGUUGAACAAAAGGAGGAGUUUAGAAUUCAAAUGAGUGCAGAAACAAAUGGUUUGAGAAAAGAAACAAAUGAUUUGAGAAAAACCUUAGCUGAGAUCAACUCUCAAAUUCUAAAGCUUAUGAAGACAUGUAAGCAAUUGCAAAUGAGUAUUUUAGCUCGUCUGGUAAAUUCAGGAACAGAGAAUAACGUUGAUCCUUCUCACCUAUCAAAGGGUGAAAAGGGCAGCUUUCCAGACCCGUUUGCUAAUCUACCAGAGGAAGAUCUAUUGAAUCAACAUGAACAAAGUUUAGGCAAAAAAAAGUUGAGUGAGGUUGAACUAAGCAGUUUGGCAUUCUUGAAGGAGAGUGGAAUGCCUGAGCUUGAUGUGCACACGUUGAAAAUCAUUGUGCAUAGCUACCUCAAUUCUCUUGCAGAUGAUUGGGUGACAACUGCAGAUAAACAUGAUGUUUGGUUUGUUAAUAAGAGCACCUUAAGAUCUUCUAUGGAUUAUGAUUCAUUAUUUGAUGAUAAGGUGAUAAACAUUUACUUGAAGUUACUCCAGAAAGAAUAUAAGGAUUAUGCAUUUGUUAACUGUCAACUCUGGACCAUGAGCUUCUAUAAGCAUCCCAAGACAAAUGCGAUGUUGUUCCUUGAUGAAUUUCCUAGGGAGAACUUCAAAGCAGCAAAAAAGAUUUUUGUACCAAUAAAUUUUGAGGAUCAUUGGUUCUGCGUUUUUGCUGAUGUUGAAGAGGAGAAAAUUUAUGUCUUGGAUACUAUAGGGAGAUCCGAAUGUUCCUAUACUCCAAUUAAGGAACUUGCAGGAUGGAAUGUUAAUGAGCUGACUAGCAAAAAUAUACAAUGGACAUAUUAUUAUGUCAAUGGAUACCCAAAGCAGAAUGAUGCUGUCAGUUGUGGACCACUAAUGCUAAAAUUUAUGCAGAGCUGGGCAAUGGGAUGCCAACCUUCCAUUCCAUAUCCAGGUUAUAAUUUCAUAGCAAAAGAACUUCUUAUUUUGGAGAUUGCAAUGCAGCGGUUAUUAAGUCCCUUUGAGCUUGAAAAGGAACUUUCUGAUCUGGAAGCGCAGUAUAAACCACCUAAGAAGCUUCUAAUUUUUGAUUUGAAUGGAGUGCUUGUUUUAACAGUAUAUAGAAAAAUGCCUAUGCGUCGACCAUUUUAUAAGGAGUUUUUGAAAUUUUGCUCAAGACACUUCACUCUUGCUGUUUGGUCAUCCAAACAAAAUAUCAAUGGUAUAUGUCGAAAACUGUUGUCUGAUGUGGAGGGUCUUUCUUUCCUGUUUCAGUGGAAUCAGAGUUAUUGCUCCAUUUCAACUGAGGGUGUCAAGGGCAAUCCAAAAAAAAAAAUAAUGUUUAAAGAUUUAAAUAAAGUUUGGGAAGAGUAUAAAGAAUUCAAUCCAUCAAACACUGUACUCAUUGAUGAUUCUCAGUACAAAUCUUUUUUAAAUCCUGAUCAUAAUUUGAUCAUCCCUAUGACGUAUAAAGGAGGUCCAGAUAACUACUUGGAUCCAAACAAUAAAUUUGUUAGUUACUUGGAGACUUUGGCUGCAGCAAAAGAUGUUCAAGAACACAUCAAAAGCAGUCCUUUUGGCGAGAUUGACCUUGAAACUAAAGCAGAUGAAGAGUGCUACCGAAAUUCUGCCAAAAAAAUGAAACAGAUCUUGAAUUGAUAUCAAAAAUAUUAAUAGCAGUCAUGAUGAAUUGGUCAAAAAGUAAAGUUUGUCUGUUGAAUCACACCAAAAAGUAAAGAGAGGCAUGUUAUCUCCUGCAUUAGUGUCUAUUAAAUCUGAAAUUCCCAACUUUUAUCCACAUUUCUCUGAAUUUGAUUGCU